AUGGGCUCAGAUUCAGAUAUUGAUCAUGGCGAGAUUCCGAUCAUUGAAACUAAAGAGCCACUAUUCGAUGUUCUUCCCAAAUUGUUCAACUUCAUUAGCAUGGCCGUCGGAGACAUGGCUUGCUACACUUUUGACCAGAUGCUCAACGGCUCUCAGGGACAUCAUCUCAGGCAGUUAGUUCAUGCCUUGGCAAAAGACAGCCAUAACCCUUUCAUCAUUGUGGCCCUGAUGAUCUUGAGAUGGGAGUUUACGACUGCUACCGAGGACGAUUGGGGACUGAAUGAGAGCCGUGGUGCAGCCUGCGAAUUCGUUGCCUGGCAAUUCCUAUGCCAUCUGAACCAGCGCGAAACAAUCGAGUUUCUGUUGGAGGAGCUGCCGGCACCACAGUCCAACUCUUCAGACACCUUUGGUGCAGAAGUAGUCAACUGUGAUUUGACAUGUUCACAAGAUGUCAUGGGCAGGGCCAGAGAUGUUAAUACUCCUCUUCUGCCAAAUCCCUCUUCUCCUGUGUUUAGACUUUAUGGGAGUACGAGAAACACAGAUACUCAACUUUCUGGAAUCUCACAGCGCACACACCAGUACGAGGACGCAUACGACACCCAGAGAUAUUCCCAGUUCUUCGGAUUGAAUGCACUGGAAAUUGCAACGAUUGCCCACGCCAAAAGGUUUCUGAGCCAACGAGUUGUUCAGCGAGUGGUCGACGGGAUCUGGAAAGGUGAAAUUGUUUUCUGGGAUUCCCUGACAGUUAAUUCGACUAAGAAGCCCCAUCUCUUCAACACCAGAACAGCAGAUCCAUAUUCACGCCUACGAGUACCUCUCUACCGUAAGAUUUUUGAAGCAGCAUUCUUCGUGUCUUUCCUCUGUCUGUACUACGCGGUCCUGGUUGAAAGGAAGGGAGAGGCCAUCGGAAUAUUUGAGGCUGUGAUGUACGUGUGGAUCGUUGCCUUCGCGUACGACGAAUUGAGUGGCAUCAUCGAUGCGGGAGUCGUGUUUUAUCAAAUGGACUUCUGGAGCCUCUGGAAUCUCAGCAUCAUUGGGGUUGGAAUGGCAUUUGUCAUUACAAGGGUUAUUGGGCUCGUGAAGGGCGAGAAAUCCAUCACUGAGCUCUCAUUCGACAUUUUAUCUCUGGAGGCUCUGUUCCUCGUGCCGAGAAUCUUCUCCCUUGUGAGCUUGAAUUCAUACUUCGGCAGUCUAAUACCAGUAUUGAAAGAGAUGACAAAAGCAUUCUUCAGAUUUUUGCCGGUAGUGGUAGUAUUGUAUAUUGGUUUCUUGACCACUUUUACCAUGCUUGCCCGUGACCGCUUGUCACUCAGUACAAUGUCACACUUACUAGUGAAGGUUUUCUUUGGAUCGAGUGUUCUCGGAUUAGACACCGCGUCUGAAUUGACCGAUACGCUAAUUUUAGAUCUCACCCAUCUUCGGCUAUGGCUUGAUGUCGCAUACCCUACCGAUCACGUUCUAAUAUGCAAUCGCAUUGAUCGCAUGUUUGGUUUGGCGCCGUUAGCAGGGGCACUGCUCCAAUUUCCACGCAGUCUCUUCGAUGUAUACCACGUAACCACAGAUACUGACGAUGACACGAUGGAUGACAGGCUUACCUUUGCCCUGAUAACCAAUACACUCAUUCUGUCCUCUUUGAUUAGUUUGAUGAGUAUGAGUCUCGAGGGGGUGAUGCGCCAUGCUCGAGAAGAAUACCUUUUCCAAUUGGCCAUAUAUGUCCUCGAAAGCAGUAAUUCUCGGCGACUGACAUACUUCAUGCCACCCCUGAAUCUUAUUCCCCUCCUUUGUAUCCGCCCCAUGCGACUUUUUCUCUGUGCCGGAACAGUUCGCCGCGUACGAAUUAUCUUGCUUCGAGCUACUCACCUGCCAUUUGUGGCAUUGAUAUGGGCAUAUGAGUCUAAAUGGCGGCAAUCAAAACGACAGAACAGCCAACUACCCCCAAUAUCGGCACACGGACAAUGGACUUCUGCGAACGAGCUGACGGAGACAAGGUGCCGGGACCCACACCACCCCUCCGUAGUUGAAACAAAUCGUCUGGGCCUUGGAAUCGAACGCACCAAUGUUAGUGUGGAUCACCAAGCCGCGCCUGAGCCAGACAUGGGGCAAGCCGGGCAAGUGCUGCAGCUCGUGGACCUGAUCGACACGGUCGAGCGACUACGAGCUCAAGUGGAGGCAAUUGCCGCACGGCAAAAGUGA